AUGUGCGUCGCGUUUAGGUCACUGUGCGAGGAGUUGGCUCGUCUGCAGGUGCGCAUGCUUCGCCGCGACGGGAAUCCCGCGCAGCUCGUGGUGGAAGCGACACAAAUGAUUCGAAGCCGUCGCCAUGACAUCGAAAUAGAGCAGCAAAACCUGCCGUAUGUUCCCGUUUUUCUCAGAAGUUGUGCCACGUUGCUUGCGCGUGCCGACGCGGACUCUGUGCACGAGGCUCUGGAAGCCGUGGGCCAGCUUGCUGAGGCCUACGUCGAGGGCAACCACGGCGACGUGAAUGAGUCUGCCUCUGUGCUCCAGUCAUUGGUCUCUUUCGCCCGUCAACCAGCGAGUGACGAGAAGCUGCAUAACAACGCUGGAAUUUCAUCACCGGCAUUAUUAUCAUCACCAUCGCUAUCGUCGUUGAAAUCUUUACUGGUCCCUUCCCUAGAAAAUACCUUGCAGAAGUGGAAGCUGCAGCAAAUACGCCCGCACACCUCAACGCUCCUGGCGCUGCUUCGGGGGACAGACGCCGUCUAUGGCGAGGGGUUUCGCUUUACGCCGGUGAGUGCCGAUAUGAUUGGAUUAUUGCCCAUCAAAAGCAAGAUACAAAUGGAGGCCAAACUACAGAAAUGCCCAUCUGCUAGACAUAUCCUAAAGUCAUUGUGUGCGAUGCAGCUGUCGAGACUAGAUGCCGGGAUCUGUUUGAGUUGCCUUGCGGAGAUAGGGAUGUACGACGCUGAGUUGUGCAACGUUUGCUGUGAGGUGCUCUUUUCCACCCACGCUCUUGUGACCUGUCAGCAGUUCGCGGAAGUCAUCUAUAGCUUGGGUGUCCUGCAACACCGACAUAUUCAUCAGAAGUUUUUUGCCAGUCUGAUGGACUUCAAGAAGUGUAACGCCACGGCGUUACGGAAGCAUGCAAUGGGUCUUGCCAUGCUUCGGCAGCCGCCACCUAGUGAGCGUGCCCUCAUGGACGGUGUCUUUCUGCACGCAUUACGUCCUACCGAUCCGUUAGAGUACGGCUCCUCGCCAGAGGCGGAAUUGCCUUCAGCGUGGUUUGUAUCUGUUGGCCAUGCAUUGUCGUGUCUGGGGAUUGUGCACUACAAGUACCGGCUCAUGCUGGCGCGGACGCUGCGAAGAGACAUUCUGCGGCUAACCACGCGGCAGCGUUGUCAACUGAUGUACGCUUUGGGAGGGGUGUCAAUAGAGUCUGUGCCGGAGGAGCUCCGGCAGUCGUGGAAAAAGAAAGUGGAGCGAACAGUGGCGGUGAUAACGGAGCGUUUGCGCUACGACGUUAGCCCCGCAGACGGACCGUUUGUGAUGAAUGCGCUUCUCUAUGCCGGCGUCCGUGAGCACCCUAUGAUUCCGCAGCAGCCUGACCUUGUUUCGGGAGAAAAUCCGGUGGAGGUGCUCCUUCGCACCUGGUCCACCUGCCCCAAGGAGCGUGUGCUUCAUCUGACGGAACAGAUACGGCCGCGCCACUUGGGCGAUGAACCGACGGCGACGCUGUCUAACUUGUUUACGGUUAUUGCAAAUAACUGCAGUGCUUCGCAAUUUGAUUCCUAUCGCUUCGGUCCGUUAUGUGACGCGGUUCGUAGUCACGGUGGCGACAUGAGUAUAGAGGAAGUCUUGGGCACCAUAGCCGCCAUCCAGCGCAUUGGGAUUGGAGGACGUUAUCGCGAGACGUUAGUGGUGUUGCUGGAGAAUUUAUGGCGGCAGCGGCAUUCUAUGACGUCUGAGCAGCAAUCGCGGUGCUGCCGCCUUUUGGAACGCUUGGGCCACUUGGACACCGCGGUGGAGUUGCUUGAGUACAUGACUGCACUGUAG